CUGAUAUGGACUUGGGAAUUGUGCUGCAGUGUGCUUACAGUUGUUAGUGUUGGGGAGACGACGAUCAAGGGAUCGAAUGCGCCCAAUUUGCUGCAUACAGUAAGGCGCAAAUGAGAAGCUCUGUAAAAACAUUUAAACAUGGUCCUUAGAUGGAUAUGUGUUGAACUACAUGCUAAGAGGGAAUGAAGCAAGAAUUUACUCAUAGAAUUCAAACUAAACAAACAGAAUGGCACAGGCAGUUCGUGAAUUGAUCACCCUACAAGUUGGGCAUUAUGCGAACUUUGUUGGUACACAUUUUUGGAAUCUUCAGGAAGCAAGUUUUGUGUAUGACAGUUCUUCAGUUACAGACAUCAAUCAUGACUUCCUCUUCAGAGAGGGUCUCACUCCUCAAAGACAAGAAACAUAUACUCCAAGACUGCUAUGUAUUGACGUAAAGGGAAGUUUAUGCAGUCUACCAAGUCGUGGCUCUCUCUACAAUCCCAUACAACCUGAACCUUCGAUCAGCGAGGCUGCUUGGGAUGGCCCGGUUGAUUUGAUACAACAAUUGCCUGAAGAAAAGAAUGAAUAUCUAAUGGAUCUUGAGCAAGAGGAUGCACGAUUCUUGGGGGGAACAGAUGAAGACAAGGACAUAUGUAUUGAUGAUUCAAGUGUCUUCAGUAAAGGUCCUGAGAACCACCUUGCACUGUCUCAAAAAAUCUAUGAUCUGAGCAAAUCAGUCAGUGUCUGGUCUGAUUUUCUGCGGCCUCAUCUUCAUCCCAAUUCCAUUUAUCUUCUUGAUGAUACUUCAGUCAAGAUUGGAAGGCCAUCUGGUAACAAUGAUGAAAAGAUUUGGGGAUUUCCAUCAGGAUCUGCUUUGUUUUGCAAGGAAGAAGUGGAAGAUGAAAUUACAGACAGAAUUCGCCUUAUAGCAGAGUCGUGCAAUAAUUUACAGGGUUUCCAGGUUUUGAGUGAUGUACAUGAUGGAAUGGGUGGAGUUUCCUUUGGUAUUCUGCAACACUUAGCAGAUGAAUAUGGUUCUAAAGACUCCAUAACAUUUGCCACCACUCCCUCCCAUCUCUCUUCCCUCACACCUCAAGCCAGAAUACUGAUGAAGGCAUCAAUUAUACAGUCAUAUACAGAGUUAAGCAAGCUGUCUAGUGUGUUCGUACCACUCAACCUCCGCCAACACUGCUGGGAUUUCCAGGCUCCUUACGUUACAUUUCCUUGCCUAACAGUUAUGGAAAAUAAUGCCUACAUUACCAGCAGUGUUAUGGCAGCAUUUGUAGACACUGCAGGUUUAGUGUGUCGCAGCCGCACGUCUCCCAUGUCACUUUCAUGUGUUGUGGACCUCUUGACGCCUGCAAGACGAAAUAUAGUAGGAGGAAGUUUGGCAUUACCUUUAGGACUAAGCUGUGACCAGGGCAUAUUGGAAUGGCUUCAACAGGGAAACAAGACACAUUUAGUUUCUAUGAGUGGUGGCUGCAACUUCACUCUGGACCCCAUCAGUGAGAUCCGCAUUAUCAGAGGAGUACCUUCAUCUAGACUGCUCAGACCAGACACCAAGCUGCCUCCAGGGCUGCACUAUGAAAAUGCAUCUCAGAUUUAUAGAGAUUACUUACAAGAGUCUCAGAUACCUCCGAGUGUACGAAAGGUGGCUGGAGUGGAAGAUCCAAUCAAGAUAACGCCUCCUUUCCCUUCUAUCUUCUCGGAGGUGCUGACUGAAGAUGGUUUUGUUAAUACUUCUGGCAUUGUUGCCCCAUCUCGUAUAAUGAAGAGUGCACCGUGUGAGGCAGGUCUUCACCAGAGUGGUGGGAUGGGACAUCUCCUCCAUGAUCUGCAGACAGCUGCACAAAAUCUCAAUGUUGCCAAAGUGCCAUCCCUAUUGGAUGAAGGUUUUGACAAGGAUGGAUGGUCUGCACUAGUUGAGGAUCUAAGAACAAUUACUUUAAAUUAUUGUUUAGAUAAUAUUGAUAGUGAUAAUUCUGAUGAUUAAACAUUUUUCUUCCAAGAGCAUUGCAUCUUUUAUAUGAUUUUGUUUUGUAUCUUACACAUUUGUUAAGUUCUGUGAUUAUUAUUUACAACACUUUUUUCUAAAACAUAUUACAUAUACCAAAAUCUCAUAUAUAAAGCUUACUAUAUCUGGAGCUCCUUUAUAAAUAAUUAAAGUACACAUCCUUUGGCAACAUAAUUUUCAUUUUUCACGCAACCCAAACCCAAGUAACUAUAAAACAAGUUUCCUAUGUUGUAUUAGUCUUCCUAAAUUUAAAGAAAAAAAUUAAAUCUAGUUUUCUGUAUUUAGAGGAUGUGCUCUCUAUGUAGAUAGCCUGCUUGCUUUUGUCAAUUACCAUCACAAUCCAUCGCUUGUUUGCUCUUUAUAGUAUUUAUUUUUGCUACUCAACACCUGGACUUCUCUUAUUAAUGACACAUUUACUUGCUUCAGUAAAUUUAUCCAAUGCAGUUUCUCUCUUAAAAGACAAAAUGGUUUAGUUAUACAUUAGUAUUCAUGUAUCUACACUGAAGUCAAUACCAAAUAAUGAUAAAUAAUAAUAAAGACUGAACUCA